AUGCUCCACCGUCGAACACUCUCGGCUCCGGCCAUGUUUUACACCGAACAUCACGUACAAGAACAAGAAAACAACAAGAACAAAGGAGGCCGUGGUCUUCAAGAAGAUUAUGAGAUUUUGUCCACCGAUUCCGACAAACAAGAACAACAAAAGAAGAUUCAAGAAGACUCUGAGGUGCUCCAACGUAGCGCCAAUCUCAUCGUUGCUAAGGAUGAUUCGGGAAACUACAAAACCAUAAAUGAUGCGGUUAAGGCGGCUCCUAAUAACAGCAAAACACGAUUCAUCAUAUAUGUUAAAGAAGGCAUAUAUGAUGAGAUCGUUAGGAUUGCGAGUACAAAGACUAACAUAACGUUAGUAGGCAAGAGUAAAGAUAAAACCAUCAUAACCGGAAGCUUGAACUAUGUAGACCACGUAAAGACCUUCGACUCCGCAACACUUGCCGUAGAUGGGGAUGGGUUUUUAGGCCAAGAUAUUUGCAUCCGGAACACAGCCGGUCCGGAAAAGCAUCAGGCUGUGGCUCUCCGUGUGAGCGGUGAUAAUUCGAUUCUAUAUCUCUGCCGUAUCGAGGGCUAUCAGGACACACUUUACGCUGACAAACAAAAGCAGUUUUAUCGCGAGUGCUAUAUCACCGGGACGGUUGAUUUCAUAUUCGGUAACGCAAAGGCUGCAUUCCAGAAAUGUCAUAUUGAGGCAAGGAAGCCACUUCUUGGACAGGAAAACGUGAUCACGGCUCAGAAACGCGAAAACCGAGACGAUAGCUCAGGAUUUUCAUUCCAAGAAUGCGAGAUAAGAGCAACCUCGGAUCUUGCUCCCGUCAAGGGAACCGUAAAGACUUAUCUAGGACGUCCGUGGGGAGUCUUCUCAAGGGUCGUCUUCAUGGAUUGUUUCAUAGAUGAUCUCGUUGAUCCGGCGGGAUGGUUUCCAUGGGGUAGCGACACUCGACGUCAGUCUACCGUGUAUUACGGCGAGUACAAGAACAAAGGCCCGGGAGCGAGUACAAGUGGACGAGUCCCGUGGAAAGGCUUUAAGGUUAUCACAGAUACGAAAGAAGCAGAGAACUUCACGGUGGGAAAACUGUUAUAUCCAGAUACAUGGAUCAAAUCCACCGGAAUCCCGUGCGACGAAGGUCUCCGAUGA